AUGACUUCGUCUUUGUUGACGACCCUGACCUCCCCCAACGGGCACCCGGUCAAGCAGCCUCUAUUACUAUUCACCAAUAACGAAUGGCGCUCCGCGAAAUCCGGCGAGAGCAUCGCUAUCGUGAGCCCCAUAAACGAAGAAGAAAUCGUCAAGGUCCAUGCGGCGGGAGCCCAAGAUGUCGAUGACUCUGCCCAGACAGCGCGGACCACCCUCAGAGGCCCACGGUCGAGCACUGGCGUGUAG